AUGCAUCUAAGUUUAGCGCUAACUCUUCGCCAGUGUGACAACCUCUGUUCUUUUGUGCCUUAUAGAUUUUUGAAAUACCUCUGUGAUCUAUCCACAUCAAAUGAUUCCGCGAUUCCAAUCACUCAGGAAUUGAUUUGUCGCGCUUUGUUCAAUGCGGAAAACGAAGAUUUGCUUAUUGAGACGAUUCAGAAACAAGGUGAUGUUAGGCUCGUUUGGAUUGUGAACGUGCCACGGAACGAAAGCAUCGGGAGCCAGUCUGUGGAUCGUUCCUCACGAACGGAACAAAGCUUGCUGGAAUUGGUAUGCCUCAGCAAGGACCAGGUCAAUCGAUCAACACCAGCAUCCCCAAUAUCUGGAAGAAAAGCGAUGGUGGACUCGACCAGAGCGGUCGAGAUUUUGGACUACUAUGCGAAACAGUUGAAGCUUUUCGCGCAUCUAUGUCGUGCCAGGCAGUAUAUCGCGAUCAACUACCUGACCAACCGGAUGCCAGUAGGCUUGAUUUUACGAUGCCUGAUGGACAAUCGUAUUCCGAUGUAUUUGCGUACAUUGUAUUGCAAUCUGUUCUUGCAUCUACAUUUGGAACGGGAACCACAGGAGAUUCAUCAACCCAUUCAAUACGCACGGCUAUGGUGGAAUAUUGAUCGGUUUGAUCAACACUCAGACUGGUUUCAGACAGUCCCAAUUGAUGGAAAACCCUCAUAUCCGCAGCUGACACUGAUCCACAUGCAACAACCGUAG